AUGGCAACCUCUACCGAUCUCUCGAACUGGACCAAGUCCCCGCCUUUGUUUCCCGGCUUCCAGGACGUCGCAUACUCUGAUAUCGAUGUUCCGUCUCCUCGAACCAACCACACCAAGUCCGGUGCCAUUGUGAAAGAGCCAACAGCGGAUGGGUUGUACCAUAUGUACUUUGGAGACAGCUUUUUCUACCAUGCAACAACCCCUGAUCUGCAUAAUUGGACCGCUUUACCUGCCGAGGAAUACUUCGCCGGGCCUGUCAACCAAUGGGAGAAUAGGCUCAUCGAGCCUGGGCCGGCACCCCUCAAAACCAGAGAUGGGAAAUGGAUCCUGAUCUAUAACGGCAUGACAACUGGCAGAAUAGGAUAUCCACAGAAUCAAUACUCGGUCGGGCAGAUGCUGAUAGAUCCAUCGGGGUCUUUUAGAGCAGAUUCAAAUGUCAGUCAAGACACAUACCAACCGGCAAUUCGAGAGGGUCCAGUCGCAAGGCUUGAAAGGCCGAUUCUAGCCCCGGAGGCAAGCAAUGAGCAGACUGGACAGGUGAAUCAGGUUGUUUUCAUAGGCGAAAUAACCUCCGGGUAG